AAAUUAACAUUUUAGAAAACAAAUUAGCAAGACGCAAAACACUUUUACCCGUCCCGAAACAAAUUUACUAACGAUCGAUCCCUCACGGAAAGGGAAUGUACCACAUACCGGAAGUGACGAGUGAACGCGGGUGAUAGGUGUUGUUGGUGAGCGCGGUUAAUUCGUGUUUUCAAUGUGGAGAAUAUGGCGUGAAUAUGAAGCAUAUAGGAAUUUAAGUUUUUGGUGACCGAACAUGGACUGCGACCGAGGGAUGUUUUGCCCGUUUUGCGGUAAACACAUGAGCAGCUUAACGCGGUUUUGCUUUACGUGUGUCGGUGUUUGUAGUUUUUAAAGGACGCGAACCAGACGGAAACACAGGGGACUUCUCGACAGCCGGACAGUGCUAAGCAAAGUAAGUGUAGCAUAAUGCUAGCUAUCUGAGGACAUAUGGACAAAAUUGGGUAGUAAUGCUAUAUAUAUAUAUAUAUAUGCUUUUCGAGCGGCUUCUAACCUUUUACAGUCUCUAUGCUUCUAACUUUCUAUUUUGAAACGAAAAGAAAGACAGUCUUUUAACUAUGGGCCAAAAGCAAGAUCUAGGCCUAAAGAAAGAAAAAACGUGCAGACCCAGAGAUAGCAGCACCUGAUCUACUGAAACAAGCUGUCCAGAAAAUGAGAACAUUUAAGUACAUGCACGAAGGACCUUAUGUCCUUUUGUAUCCAGACUGCUCAGAGGUGGUCCAUGUGCCUGGGUCAGAAAGGCCAUUUAAAUUGGCAGAAUAUAAUAAGGAAAUAGGAAAGGCAUAUUCCAGGAUUACUUUUUUCAUUUGCCUAGAAAAGCUCUUUAAAAGAGAGUACGAUACCUCAGAUUCUGAUUCUGAAAUUGUCAUCACAACAAGGAGCAGAGCUGAAUUCAAUCGAGCUGACACUUUGGUUUUUGAACCACAAAAUCGAAGUACUCCAAAAUACAAACUGGAAGAUGAAAGAGAUGCACCAGGACAAUCAUCAACAAUUCAGCCAGGACAGAUAGUAAUAUCUGAUGCUGAGGAUCUGGAUCCACCUGAAACAAAUCCAGAAAAACCGUCUUGCUAUAGUAAAUACACAGACCUGUUUUCACCAAAUGUUGAGCAAGAAGACGAAGAGCCGGUUGCUGUCAAUGUGACGAAUUUUCAACACACAGCAAUGGAGGAGACGGGCAUUACAUUACCUGACAUCGUGGCAAACCUGUCACUUCCUAUUGAUCACAAAAAAGUCAGCCGGUUCAACAUCUCAAGGGCUAACGUUUGGGAUGGGGCAGUCAGAGGUUUGAAGCGUACAACCUAUUCUGAAACCUGUGACAUGCUGGUGAAAUUUACUGAUGAUACUGGUGUUCUGGAAGAGGGAAUUGACACUGGUGGUCCAAGACGAGAGUUUUUGACUCUACUGAUGAAACACCUAAAAGACCGGCCCAUUUUUGAUGGACCAGAAGGACAUCGGAUCUUGGUCUACAAUGCAAAUGCUGUUAGGGAGGAUGAAUACUACCUGGCAGGAAAGAUGAUUGCUGUGUCAGUUGUGCAUGGAGGUCCAGGGCCCCAUUUCCUGUCGGAAGAUCUUGUACAUUAUCUUGCAGGCCAGCCUUCAUUCAAAGCAACAAAUAACUUAAUAACUGAUGAAGAAAUAGGGAAAGCUUUGCAAGAGAUUGAGAAUGCUGCUUCAUUGGAUGCUCUGCAAGAAUGUAUGAUGAGACACAGCACAAUGUUACAGACAGCAGGUUGUCUGAGACAUGAGGCUACUGUGGAAGAAAAGAAAGAAAUCGUGUCAGACUACCUCCAAUGGUAUAUUAUUGACCGCAACUCAUCUGUAAUUGAAAGAUUCAGAGAUGGUCUUUCAACCCUGGAGUUUUUGAAUGCACUACAGCAACACCCUACUUUGCUGGCCCCUGUCCUGUACCACUCUGAAAGUCGAAUCACUGUUUUUGAACCACAAAAUCGAAGUACUCCCAAAUACAAACUGGAAGAUGAAAGGUAG